GCACUGAUGCGCUCCGCGCAGGGCGGCUGUGGCUGAGCCUCCAGGCCGACGACGAGCGGAGAGCGAACCUGCUGUCGCACGCGGGCAGGGGCAACGGCACUUUCUGGUUGCCGAUCCCGCACCAGCGCUGGAUGCAAGCCAGCACGGCGUUGUGGCAGAUGGCCUUCUGCCGCCGCCUGGGCGCGGAGCUCGCCCCGCCCUGCACCGCGCCACCGCGACCGACGGCGCUGGCGAGCACACACCGGCGCCGUGCGCGGCCUCGAGAGGACGAGCUGCGUGCCGCGGGGGCCGUCGUGGACAUCGAGCGCCGGGUCCCUGAGCUUCAUCAGUUCGGACCUGAUGGGUCCAUCCGCGAGGCGGUCAUGGACCUGGUCGUGGGUUUCCCGGCCUCCGCUCAGGACGCCACCGUCCGCACGCCCUUCUGCAGCUCCCUGCCCGUGGCCAGCCGGGUCGCAGGCGCCACGGCGGCGGCGGGCGACCGCGCCAAGGCCGGCGGGCGCCUCCGCGAGGGCGCGGCGACGGCCAUCGCCGAGCCCGCGGCCGCGUCGCAGAUGCACGGGCGUCGACUGCAGGGCGGCCGCCGGGGCACGACGGCGCGCGCGCUCGCGGAGCGCAUCAACACGAUGGUCGUGCUGCGGUGCGCCGACGCGACGCUGGCGGCGCUGGGGCACUGA